AUGAUGAAGCAGAUAUACGCAAAAGUUCCUGAUCUGAUCCAUAACGAUUUGAUCCGAAAAAUGCUUGCUGGAGUUGCUCUUUCGGGCUUGUUCGCUGUUAUCUUCUUGGAAUUAUGCUCUGAUGUACUGGUAUUUUUUUUUUGGGAAAUGGCACGAUAUCGAGUGUCACCUGCAUUCCUGAUAAGUGUCCGACAUGUCUCCAUAAAGGAAAAGUUAAAAGGUUACAAGUUUCCAGAACUGAAACCAGAAGACUGUGAGCAGAAAUACAUUUCCGGAUGGGGCCCAGGCGGACAAAAAGUGAACACAGCACAAAAUGCUGUCCAACUGCGACAUCUACCAACAGGUCUCGUCGUUAAGGUCCACGAAUCACGACUUCUCCCGAAAAACAUCGACAUAGCAUUCGAACGAUUAAAGCACGUCUUGGAUAGACAUCUGAACGGUGAUAAUUGUUACGAGGAACAGUACAAGCGGUUACAACGUGAAAAAGAGGCGAAAGCGAAGAAAAAACGUGAAAUGCAGCGAAAAUUGCGGGAAGAAUUUGGAAAUAAUGAGAUUAAAUCGGCGUCAGAUAAAUGA